AUGCAAAGUGAAUCAAAUGCAAAUUUCUCUUCUUUAAAUACUAACUUAAAUUUAAAUUUAUCUGGAAAUCAAUUACCAUGUAUAAAACAAGAGCCCAAUAUUAAUGUUAAAGAUAAUCUGCGACAAUGGGUUUUAAAACAUAAUAUCUCUCAUAAUGCUACUAAUAGUCUUAAUGAUAUUUUAAAAGAGGAAGUCUUAAAUAUACCACAAGAUGUGUGUACUUUAAUGAAAACACCUGAAAUAUCACAUGAAAUAGUUUCAGUGGUUAAUGGCUCAUAUAUUCAUUUGGGAAUAAAAAAUAUGUUAGUUCCAGUACUAAAAAAGUAUUUUAAUAUGAUUAAUAAUUGUGAUGGCGUUUUAAUUUUGGGUAAUAAUGUAGAUGGUCUCCUAAUUUCAAAUAGUUCAAAAAGGCAACUAUGGCCAAUUUAAAUUUCAGUCAUUAAUUGCCAACCAAUAAAUAAAUAUGUACUGCCAGGUGGGAUAUUUCAUGGAUUAACAAAACCAGCAUCUGUCAAUGAAUUUUUUCAACCAUUUUUAGAUGAUUUCUUUGAAGUAUCACAAAAUAGUUUGUGUGUAAAUAAUAAAUUAUUUAAAUUUGAGAUAGGACAUAUAAUCUGUGAUACUCUUGCUAAAAAAAUUUUGUUGAAUGUGCUAGGACAAAAUGCGUAUUAUUGGUGUUCAUUUUGUACUCAUGAAGGUGAAUACAUUCAACAUAGAAUGACUUUUCCUGAGAUUGAUGUACCUCUUAGAACAAAUCUCUCAUUUUGCAGUAAAGUUUAUGAGGAAUACUAUAAAGGUGACAGUCCCCUUGAAUUCUUAGAUAUAGAUAUUAUUAAAGAUGUACUUUUAAAUUAUAUGCACCUUUUAUGUAUUGGAAUUAUAAAACGUUUUAUUCAAUUAUGGGUUAAAGGAAAGAAAGAUGUUGGACUAAUGGAAGAAGACAAAUUAAAUAUAUCAAAAAACAUAAUAGAUAUUAAGCCCUAUGUACCUUCAGAAUUUAGCCGCCAACCAAGGGUGUUGGAUGAUAUUGACUACUGGAAAGCUACCAAGUUAAGCUUUUUCCUGCUUUAUUUUGGUUAA